AUGGCCCUCGGCUGGCUACUGCUUCUUGUGUUGGCUCUGCCCCGGUUCACAACAGGUAUCAAGGUAUGCGAGUUCUGUGAUAUGAUGAAGACCUCCACCUGUAUCGGCAUCAGCGUUCCCUGUGCCAAUGAUGACCAUUGCUUCACGAGCUACGGGAUAAUCCCCGGCCUGGGUCCCAUCAUCAACAAAGGCUGCAAGUCACCCAGUUUAUGUGGCUAUGGUAUAGAGUAUGUCUUCUACAAGAAUGUCACCUACAAGCUCAGCUCCAGCUGCUGCAAAAGUGAACUGUGUAACAGGGCCUACAUCUCUGGCAGCCUGAAGUUGGAGGCCACCACUUGCCUGGUGGUGGGCAUGCUGCUGCUGCAUUAUUGA